CACGUGAUCAUUUGACGUUUGCAUCAUGGCGGCAUCGGAAGCAGUUGCAGAAACAUCAUUCAUGGAUCCUUUUAAAGAUAUUCUGGUUAAUUAUUUAAUGCCAGAAAGAUGUUAUGACGAGUUUUUUUUACAGUUCAAUCUUCUGCACGUGGAUUGUCUGAAGAUUGUAAUCAGCAAAGGCCUAGGCAUUGGGAUCAUCCUUGGUUCUGUAUUAGUAAAGCUGCCUCAGAUUCUAAAGCUGAUUGGUGCUAAAAGUGCUGAGGGACUAAGCUUUAACUCAGUACUACUAGAGCUGUUUGCCAUCACAGGCACCAUGGCCUACAGUAUUGCCAACAGCUUCCCUUUCAGUUCCUGGGGUGAGGCACUUUUUCUCAUGUUUCAAACUGUGACCAUUGGUUUCCUCAUACAGCACUAUGGAGGAAACACUGUCAAAGGUUUGGGGUUUAUGGCAGUCUACUUUGGACUGUUGGCAGUGCUCCUCUCUCCCAUGAUCCCUAUGUCUAUUGUCACUACCAUGCAAGCCUCUAAUAUGCCAGCCAUCAUCUUUGGACGGUUAAUUCAGGCUGGUACCAACUACACUAAUGGCCACACUGGGCAGCUGUCAGCUAUUUCAGUGUUUCUGCUGUUUGCUGGCUCUCUAGCACGCAUAUUCACUACAGUGCAGGAAACAGGAGAUUCCCUCAUGGCUGUUACCUACAUCAUCUCCUCUUGUUGUAAUGGUGUGAUCACAGCUCAGGUUCUCUACUACUGGAACAGCAGGCCUGCCCUCAGGAAGAAGACUGAGUAGAUAUGAACGAAUUCAGUGACCAUUCAAGUCAACUAAGUGCACUGGACAGCCGAUUGGGGAUCAGAUGUAUAAAAAUGACGGUUCUUGUAAAAUUGAACACUGUCCCUUGAUCAGUUGUUAAGUGCAUUUAUUGUUAACAUAUCAGCGCUUAUCUCCAGGCAGGUAUGAAUACUGUAUAAAUUCACACAUUCAUGGAUUCCAGGUCCCUUAAUUGGACAAAAAAAAGCCAGUAUGGUUUGGGGUCCUUCUAUAAUUCUAGAUCUUUUCCUCUGCCCUUUUUAUGGUAGUGGGUACUUUAAUUAGGCAAUUUUUGGACCAUUUUCUUAGCUCAGAGAAGGGAGUCCAUGGUAUUCUUGCAUCCAAUCAUAAAUGUACAAACAUACUGUAUGUACUACAUCCUCAUGUAUAAUUACUGCCAUCCUGUCUUAGAGUAUUGUCUUGUUACUCUCUUUAACCGGGCUCACUGCGUAUUCACUGAAACCCAAGUAGCCAUUUUGAAUUCAACAACAAAUCUGUGAAAAAAUGUCUGCCAAGGUUUUUGUCAUCAUGAAUUCCAGAAUUGUAAAAAUGACCAAAUUGUACCAAAUAAAUACGUAAAAUGCAUACUUUUAAAAAAUGCACAUAUGACAAUAUGCAUCAUCAUAUGCUAAAACCAGCCCUAAAAAACUUCAUAGAGCAUUUUUUUUUGUUCUGUGUGUAUACAAAUCCCAUCACAUGGACGCUAUUUUAAGUCUUCCAGAACCUAGAAAUGCUCAUGUUAUUUUACACCCCACAAUAUGUUUUGGUGUUUGACAAAAUAAAGGGGUUUUUUUUUUAGCUAAUACAUGGAAACUAGUAAAUCAAUUGCUGUUGUAUUUCUUGCAAUGGCCAUGCAAUAAUACAUGUAGCUAGCCGUGUUGUCGAAUGUCGUCAUGAUAUAAAUGGGACUGGGUACAAUAAGAAAUUUCUACAAAGCACUUUUUUUUGUUCCAGAUGGUAGUAUUCACCCAUCAAAUGCAAGUUGUUUUAAUCUGUCUACAGGUAAAAGGAAAAUUUUAUUUGAAUGAUCGACAUUGAAUAUUUGCACAUGUAAUUAAUUUUCCUUUUUUUGCAUGUGAACAUCUAUUGUUCGUUGUUGGUUUAUUUCAGGAAUGACAUUUUACAAAUGGCUGUGAUUACGGUUUUUCCUUAUCUAAAGUGGCAAUGUACUUUUUACCGUUGAGUAAAACAUUUCCAUUAUUUGUAGUGUUUAUUUCUCACUGUUCACAAAGAAUUUAUUUAAUUGUGUAAGGCUUAAAGUCACAAU